GCUUGACGCGUUAUCUUGUCUUGAGUAGUUGUGUUUAAACUUUGCAAACGCCAUACUGCUACAGUUAAAAUCAAGUAAAGAAAAGAAUUCGUUCUAUAUUUACAACAUUUUAAAUGAAAAUAUGUUGAUUAUCAUAAAAUGAAAAUCGAGCAAAAUGGAUAAAAGAAGAAUAAUAAGAUCGAAAACUGGAAUUAGCGGAUUGAGAUUACUUUCCACCGAUAGCUUACCCGGAGAAAGUCAAAUUUCUUCAAAAAGCGAUUCGUUUGGUAAUUUUCGUCCAGUAAUUACUUCCAGUUCGUCGAGUAAAAGAAAAAAGUGUCCGUCCCCAGAAGUUGGGAGCGAUAAUGAAGAACUUCUUUUAGUGGGAAAAAACUUAACCUCAAAGAAGAAGAAAAGCGACCCGGAACAAGAAAAUCUGGCUCAGGAACAUCAUGGAGAAACGAGCAGAGCACCCAGUAGAUUGUCUGAUUGGGGAGGUUCGCAAGCUUCUACAAAAAGUCGGGAAUCAAAUACGAGUAAAUUAAGGAGACUGACUUCGAGGCGAAAGGAAACUCAAAGUAAUGAAAUAAUUGUUAAGGUUCAAAAAACACCAGCUAAGGAACCAAUUCAACAAAAUUCGAUCCUUUCGUUAGCUAGCAAUGCCAAAGAAAGUGAUCAACUUAUUAUUGACGAAAAUCCACCUCUCGAAUCACCUCAAAGAUCAUCAGUAAUAACGGAAUCCCAAAGUCCAAGAAAAAGGUUUCUGUCACUCAAAACACCGUCAAAAGACGGCGGAAAUGAAUCUGACGUAUCGCUGUUUAGCAGUGGUUCGUCUUCGGCGAAGAAACGAGGUAAACUUUCGUUUAUAAGUCCUGGAAAUAAGAAUAAAAAUUCCGAGGUUAACACUGAUGCAAGGUCGAAUGCUUCGAGAAGGAUACUGAGCAGCCAAGUUGGAAGCCAGAUUAUGAGUCCAGUUAGAGGCGGCUAUCUCUCUACUCCAAGAGAGGUAAACACAAAUAGGAACAUACUUUUGAGUUCUCCAAUUUGUCCAACUAGCCGAGUGUUUGAAUUUCAAACACCGCAGUCUGUUCAAUCAAGGAAUAGUUUCAUUUCCUUUCUUAAGGCUGCAGGAGUGACGCUAAUGGAGGGUGAAAAUCCCCAUGAAAUAAACGCUGACCCAAACGCGAUAAGAGACAGAAUGAAAAAGAUAUUAGAAUCCAAGGAUAGCAGGCAUAAUAAAGAUGAUAUCAUGGAGGAAUGGAAACAUUUUAUCGACAAUGAAGCGUACCUAAGAAAAGCGAUAACUAAUUUAAAAGUUGUUAAUAACCAAACGCCAUUUCCAAGUUGGUUUGAUACUUCCUUGAUCAAACUUUUAUUGCGUGUUUCUGAGAUUCAGAAACCGCUCAUUCAAAUCCUUUUACAGAAGCUUAACGAAGUAAUUCUCGAGGCUCUUGAACCGGAAAAUGUAGCCUGGACAUUCAAGCUUUUGGAACAAUUGAGAUUUUUAGAAACGGUUGUCGAUUCUGAUUCAAUGAUGACGAGUAUCGAAAGUUUAGUAGAAUGUACUCCAACCUGGUUUCAAGAAAAACUGAUUAUGAUUUUACCAGAUAUAGUGGUAGAUUCGCAGAAUCACCAGACGGCUGAAAUUCUCGUUAAAUUACUGGAAGAAAAGCCUGAAAUGACCACCGUAAUCCUGGAAAGUAUUUCAACUUUGUCAAUUGGAAAGGAGUAUUUUGAAGAGCUUAGGAUAAGAGUAACCAAUAUGCUUGUUACACAUGAUCCAUUCACCGUUCCUGCCAUGCUCGGGUUCAUUUUGAGGUACUGCGAUGAAGACCGCGCAGCUGUAAAAAUAUUGAAGACCAUGCGCAUGGUUCAUUUGGAGCCACUAUCGGAAUCUCAAGUGGAAAAUUGUUUUAAAAAUCAAAUGCUGACCGUAGAAAAACUGUGGCCCAUCAUGAAAAUAUCAAAAAAAGUUGCUCACGCCGCUAUGACUGUUGUUAAAAAUGCAGACGCCGACAAGGCAGAUAACGACCUAGGAAAACCCUUUGAUUUAAUUCUUAUACUUUUACUUAUUUCCACUGGUACCACGGCAAAGAAAAGCGCUGAAACAAUCUUUAAACAACAUUUGCGCUCCGGGUAUUACAGAAUAAGAAUGCUUCAAACUUUUUACAAAGACUUCCUUACGGUUGCGCGAGUUUUGCAGCCGAUGGCUUUGACUUUGGCAAGUAACCUUUUGAGGUCAGAUGAUAGACUAUACGCAGAUUUUGGAAUCGAGUGGUUCAUCUCAAUAUUUGUAAGCCAAGAAAGAGAGAUCAUGCAGCGUGAAGUAUUGAGAACAAUGAUUAAUCAAGUUGGGUUUAAUAAUCUAACAGCGAAAAAUUGCUUCAUGAUACUGAGAAAGAUGAUUGCUGACAAGAAGAAUCGAAAGCAUUUACAAGCUCAUUGCAAUCAUCUGAAGGGAUUAUUAGAGAAGGUGGAGAAUUUGGAUUUGGAAAGUGUCGCUAUUAUGAGCGACGUUCUUCACGGAUUGUGUAGCGAGACAAGUUUAACUUCUGAAUCACUGCAGCUAGACCUCUUCAUGCUAAUGGACAAACAACUAUCUCAUUUAAACUCUCUGAUUAAAUGCAAAGGUGUUUUGAGCGCGGUUAUGGCAAUCAAGCAUUUGUCAAGCAAUCCAGAAACCUGCCAAAAAGCGAGAGAAAUUUUCGAAAAAGUAAGCGCUGCAGUUUUAAGGUGUCCUAGAUCACGAGCUUUGUUCUAUGAUCGUAUGAGCCAAGUGAUUUCUGAUACACGGAAUUUGGAUCAAAAUUUCCUCCAAGCGUUGAAGUCAAAUUUCGAAGAUAUCCUUUCGCAAGAAUAUCUCAAUGAUAUAACAGCGUAUAGUGACGAUUUGGAAGCGAAAUUUGGCUUGAAUAAUGAAUACGCCGAUGUUUCUACGACAGUGAUCAACUUCGUCAAGGAAGGAGAAGAAAAGUUUGGUGGAAUUGUACCUAUUUUGUUCCGGUUAUUAAGAAUGUGUACAUUGAGGACGAGCGAAGAUGGCAGUCUUGAAGAUAUAAACGCUAUUUUGGGUACUUCGCUACUUGUCCCAAAAGAUCUCACGAGUCCUGAACCGCAUAAUCUCGAUUACAUGAUUUACUGCAUCAACUGGUUUAGAGAAGUUAUUAGCGGCUUUGUAAAACAAUCAGAUUCAUUAAUGCAGAGACAAGUAUUAAAAAGACUCGAUAACUUGAUGUGGUUGCAGGGGGAAUUCCAGAUGGCACUAUCCAUGUGUGACACUCGAUAUCAACCACCACAAGCUUAUUUUCAUUAUUUCCCCCCAAAACCUUUCAUUAAAGUGGACAGAAAGUCGUCUAAAAAAGGUAAAAAAGGAGCUGCUGAUAAAACACAGCAAUCGGGUACAAUUCCUGAAUGGGAGAGUUUCGAUUUGGGAUCGCUUCUGACUUCUAAAAACCCCACCUACUUUCGAAGACUAGAUACGAAGGUAGCGCAUCUUUUGGACGUUAAAAUGGAUAUGACUUUGACCCAAACCUCAUCCCAGGCAGUGUCGAUCGCCCAAGUUUGUUUCUUAGUCAAAGAACUCCUGGGAAUGCUCGAGAAUGAUGAUACAGAAACUCUUGUAUACGAUUUGAUACAACUAUUGCCGCAAAUUUGUAAUAAACUACAAGAUAUCGUCCAAGAACUAAGAGCAAAUGAAAUAGAUGACUGUCAGAAGAGAGAAGCAGUUAUCCUUCUUUUGAGAGUAAUUAAUAAAAUUUUCAGUUGGAAGGAAUUAUUUCAUAGUGCCAAGUACAAUAGUCUGCUUAAAGAUGGACUUCGCACGCUUGCGUCACAAGUUAGGACAUCGAAUUCAGUCCUCAAUUCAGUUCAAGAGCUGUCUUCGGAAUCCUACAAAUAUUUCGCGUUGUUAAGUGAUGUUGCAGAAAAUCGUUCAAUCAUUCUCGCCCAUACUAUCGUAAACGUUUGCGAAACAUUAAUGAAGCACUCGAAAUCGUUUAAAGCUGAUAAUAUGGGAAAACAUGCAAUGAUGGCCUACGGAUUCUUGAAAUCAGACGAUUGGUUGGACAAACAAACGGGUCCUGCCUAUCGAAACGCGAUUGCUGGGUUGUUGAAAGCCUGGAUGGAUAAUGAGCCUUCUCCUUUGAAAAGUAUAAGAAAAGUUAUGGAGUGGUUAGCAGAUGACGUCGAAUUAUUAGACAAGCCGACAGACUGCUUGAGAAAUCUACCUUCCAUAAACAAGAAUAACUUCCCUCUUCUCUUCAGAAAGGUUCUAGAAGGACUUAUCCAUGGUACUAAGACUGAGUUGAACAAUGCCAAGUCAGAUUUGGAGAAAAUCGAACUUUGGAAAGAUGUGGGACUGAAAAUCAAAGAAAUAAUAAAGAUAAGUAAAAAGUUAAAGACGAGAACUGUCUUAGUGAUUUCGGUACGGUAUUUAGUAAUAUUGAUGCGGACUUUCCUGAGCCAGGGAUUACUAUAUUUGGAGCAUUCUCUUAAAACGCAAAUGGCCUCUGUCACGGAGACGAUAAAACUUUUUCAGGCUUCGACGAGGUAUUUACACACUAUUUAUUGCCAAGGGAUGAGUAAAACAGACACCGUUUUGGCAGUACACUUUCCGUCCAUAAAGGCCUUGGUUGAAGAGUUCGUUUGCCGAGUGAAAGCCAUGAUGGUUUUAAAUAACUGUUUAGAUUGCUUCAGUACCGGUACCCUUUUGAGAAAAGAUAUUGAUGGACAUCGUAUCAUGUCUCAGUCUUCAGCAGAAGAUUCUGGCGAAGUGCGGCUUGUGUCAGACGAAACAGAAUCCGGCAUCUCUGAAAUUCUUCAGUGCGAUUUAGACGAUGAUUUAGGUAUAGACGCAAUUGCAGCGGAAGAAAACUUGGAGGAAGAAGGUCCCGAGGAAGACAACGAAGACGCAAACCUUGAUUCAAUUUAAUUUAUAAAAAGCACAACACAACUCAUAUGUGAUCACCAUUUUCUUUUUUCAUUAUAAAAUAACUCUUUUUUUCAAAGUAA